UGUGGGGGCGGGGCCGCGGCGACGCUGGGCGUGUGGGCGCAGAUGGCGGCGGCGCACGGCGCCUGAGCGGGCCGGGGCCAUGAGCGCCGCCCGGCCCCAGUUCAGCAUUGAUGAUGCCUUCGAGCUGUCCCUGGAGGACGCGGGCCCUGGGUCCGAGGCCAGCGGGGUCGCGCGCUUUGGGCCGCUGCACUUCGAGCGUCGGGCCCGGUUCGAGGUGGCUGACGAGGACAAGCAGUCCCGGCUGCGCUACCAGAACCUGGAGAACGAUGAGGAUGGAGCCCAGAUCUCUCCGGAGCCGGAUGGGGGAGUCAGCACCAGGGAUUCCGGCCGAACUUCCAUCCGCAGCUCCCAGUGGUCCUUUAGCACCAUCAGCAGCGGCACCCAGCGCUCCUACAACACCUGCUGCAGCUGGACCCAACACCCUUUGAUCCAGAAGAACCGUCGAGUGGUGCUGGCCUCCUUCCUGCUCCUGCUGCUGGGGCUGGGGCCUGCUCAGUGCCUUGCUCUGGAAACAGAGCUUGGUGAGCUUCCUGGAGAAGGUCUCUGCCUAGGGCACCUUCAGCUCAGGUGGUGGGGGGCAUCAUUCCUUAGGGCUGAGCCGGGCUGGGGUGGGAGCCCCCGCCCUCACCACUGCUCCUGCCCCCACCCCCGCGGCUCCGUCUGUGUGCAGUGCUGAUCCUGGUCGGCGUGGGACUGGAGGCGACCCCCUCUCCAGGUGAGCGACCCUCCCGCCCCACAGGCAGAGGACCCCCCUGUCUUGUGUCCACGGGUCCACGGCAAGCCCUCCCACCUCCCGGCAGUACACGGCCACUUUUCAGCUGGGAGAGGCUUGCCCGGGCAGUCAGCGGCAGCCCGGAAGGCCUCGCAGCCCCUGCCCCCUUGCCCUGACCGGGCUGUGGUCCCUCCCGCAGGUGUCUCCAGCGCCAUCUUCUUCGUGCCGGGCUUCCUGUUGUUGGUGCCUGGAGGUGGGAGCGGGCACCGGGGCGGAAAGGGCGGGGCCGCGAGGAGAGGAGGGGAGGGGCUGCGGAGCGGGACUGAGGGCGGGGUCGUGGGGAGGGGAGGGGCCUCUGCGCUGACGGGCCCUGCCCCACAGUCUAUCACGUGAUCUUCAUCUACUGCGCGGUCAAGGGCCACCGGGGCUUCCAGUUCUUCUACCUGCCCUACUUCGAGAAGUGACCGCGGCGCAGCGUGGACUCCUUGCAUCCACGUGGGCGUCUCUCUGACCCACGCCCUGUUCCGUUCCCCUCAUCUCAAGGGAAGAGGCCCUCCAGGGCCCUCGAAACCCCAGCCCCUAGGGAGUUUGCUCAGGAAGUUUGGGGAAUGCAGGCCUGGCCCUGGGAAAGCCGCCCCUCGCCUGCUCUGUGCCUUAACUUAUUCUCGGGCCAUGCGGCUGCUAGGUUGCUAUUAUUUUGUGCUAAUAAAAGAGUAGUUAAUUCCACC